AGGAUUUUAUGAUAUAACAAAAAUGUGAGAUAAUAAACGCUGAACAAAUCUACAUCUCAAGACUGCCGCUGUUUUUAGUACACGAGGAGGGGUUAUGGGCAGAGGGAAGUUGGUUACAACAUGCUGCUGACACUACAAGGAUUCUGGACCGUUGCUCUCUACUUCGGUCUAUUAGGUAUAAUAUGGUUACCACGUUACUACGUGAUUCCGACCAAACUGAGGUUGUGGCCUUCUUACUGGCUGUAUAGCACCUUCUCCACCAACACUCUGCCACCUCUCAGUUCAGCCUACGAUAAGAGGACCUACAAUUCUCGGAACUAUUCUCUCAACAUAGACUAUAAACACGAGUGUUUCACCUGUCAAGUGAAUAUGAAACCAAAACACUGCAGUUCUCUAAUGUACAGUGAUGCUAUAUUUGACUCCAUACACACUUCCGACAGUUACGAUGUGUACACAUAUGAGAACUACCCGUGUUACCAGCGUCUAGCUAAACAGGGCCAAUGUGUUGUGGACAAUGUUAACUAUAACGUCGUGUUCAGUGGGGCAGCGUGCACAUUGUGCUCUAUCUGCCACAAGAACACAAUGUUCAACACCUCUCACAGAACACAGUACGGUAAAUACUACUACACGCCAAGAUUCUCGAUCAGUCUGGGAAACAGCAAACACGGAACUAAAAACAUCCUCCAUUGCCUCAACAAGCUGGUCCAACUAAGAUUUUACAACAAAAACCAAUUCUGCGACGAACUACAACAACACUUAUCAGUGUACAAACAAGAUAAAACGACCGUGUUCACGGGCUGUUCGAGCUUCUGUAGUGACAGUUCAAGUGUGGUCCACAGAGAGUUGUACAGUACAGAGUUAGGAGUGUAUCUGAUAAUGUUAGCUGUUAUUGGGCUGUGUAUUGUGGGCGUUAUCUUCUGUGUGGGAUAUGUUCUGUCACUCUACAGGGAACUGGGCAUUCUUAAUCUAGAAUGGAACAGUUCACAGACCUGUCCUAUCUGCAUGGAUAAGUUAUACCGGCUAACCCGCAUCAGUAAGCUACACUGUGGUCACAUGUUCUGUAGGGGCUGUCUGAAUCAGUGGUUGCACGUGUUCUGUCACGUGACCUGCCCCCUCUGUAGGCAGCCUGUAGAUCCUAACGCUCCUCCCCUCUCUACUCGGGACAACUCUCCUCAACUUCUUAUGUUGUCAGAUACCCCUCAUUCAGAGAGUGAAGAGGAAAGUAUAGCGGGAUCAGAAAACUCCCAUCACAGUACUCUAAACUCCUCCAUAAUGCAGUCCAUCUACAACAUGGGACGGAAUGUGGUCGCCGGCUGGUCUUCUCAACCAGCGUCUCACAACAGCUCUCCGUUCGACUUGUCUCCUGAGCCAGUAACUACCUUGCUAUACGACCUAUCCCGAGAUUCCACCACCUCCUUGAUAAAUGAAGGUGAGAGGGUGGAUAUUCUGAACCACUCCUUUGACCCGGGAGUUGCGGAGGCGCUCAGUGCAACCUCAAUAUCUGAACCCAUUCCUUUACCUUACUACCCACUCCGGUACAACACUGACCACUCCAAUUCUGUCGUAGUGCCCUACUCCACUACUGCUCUAAACUCCAGCCCCUGCUCCUCCAACCUCCUCCUCCCUCCUCCCUUCUUCCGUCCCACCCCACACACUGCCCUUUUCUCCGGACUUAGUUUCCAUGACAACGCUCAGGACUCAGCACACAGUGACACGGAACUGUUCGGACCCAGUUCACGACUCCAAAACAGGAUUGCCAGGAAAAUCAACAGGCUGAAGAACAGACGACUAGGUGUUCGGAUUAGAACUAGAAGAGCGCAGUCAACAUCCGAUCUUACGUCAAUGACGUCACAGUCUGAGAGCGAGGUUGACGUUUUGUGAUACCAGAAGAUCAAACUUCAAUCCCCACUCAUCAGACAUUUACCUGGGGACCCCAGGCUAUAAUGUUCAUAAACAUAUUGAUAUACCGAAUAGAGAUUCGGCGGAAUGACAGGCUGAGCGCCGCACAGUAAAUCAGACAUCUGUACCAGCGUCUUUUAAUAGGAGCGUCGUCAUAAUUAUCCGCAUUAUGUCUGGCUGAGCUGUUCGUCAAAACUAAAACUGCAAGUGGGGACCACUUCUUUAAUAAGAGAAAUAACUCAUUUUAACUUGGCAUGAAACUAUCAGACGUUCUAAGUUUGAGGGAUUAUUAUAAUUUAAUAAACAUUACGCAAUGAGUUAUUUUCUAGGAUAAAUUUAAUAAUUCGGAUGUAAAUUACUAUAAGUAUACUAGACAUGAAUUUGUGAUAAAAUUUGAUUUUAAUUUCUUUUACUCUACUUGAUGUUAUAUUAUCCGUUUUGGAUUUGAAAUUGCUGAAUUUAAUAUUUUGGUUGUACUUAAGUUCUUAAUAUGUUGUUACUAAA